GCUGUUUCUUCUCCCCUCACCCUGCGCUGUUUCGGUGCGGGCUGCGCGAGUUCCGCGAUGUUCUGCGGAAGGUCCGCGGGUGUCGGGGCCGGCGGGGCUUUGUCCGAGCCGCCCGGUCCUUGUCUCAAGCUGUUGCCACAGCUGGGCUCGGCCUGGCUCCGGAAGCGGGGCACGGCGCAGCAAAUCCCCGAGGUCUGGGGAGUUCAGGCGUCGCGAGAAAAAAAAAAAUGUUUCUUUCUUUGUGGGAGUUCUUCUAUGGCCACUUUUUUCGAUUUUGGAUGAAAUGGCUCUUACGACAGAUGACUGGAAAGUGUGAAUUGCAGCGAAUUUUUGACACCUAUGUAGGUGCACAAAGGACACACAGGAUAGAAAAUUCCUUGGCAUAUUCCAAGAAUGAGGUUUUACGGAAAGCUACACAUGUCGUUCAGAGUGAAGUGGACAAAUGUGUAGAAGAUAUAAUGAAAGAAAAGAAUAUUAACCCUGAGAAAGAUGCCAGUUUUAAAAUCUGCAUGAAGGCAUGCUUACUGCAGAUAUCUGGUUAUAAACAGCUCUAUUUGGAUAUAGAAAGUGUGAGAAAAAGGCCAUAUGAUUCUGAUAACCUACAACAUGAAAAGCUACUCCUUAAGCUUUGGAAUCUUCUAAUGCCCAACAACAAGUUGAAGGCUAGAAUCUCCAAGCAGUGGGCUGACAUUGGUUUCCAGGGUGAUGAUCCCAAAACAGAUUUCAGAGGCAUGGGCAUACUUGGAUUAAUCAAUCUUGUGUAUUUUAGUGAAAAUUAUACCCAUGAAGCUCAUCAGAUUCUUUCCCAUUCAAAUCAUCCCAAAUUAGGGUAUUCUUAUGCAAUAGUUGGAAUCAAUCUUACAGAGAUGGCUUACAGCUUGCUGAAGAGUGAAGCUUUGAAGUUUCAUCUCUACAACUUUGUUCCUGGUAUACCAACAAUGGAACACUUUCAUCAGUUUUAUUGUUAUCUUGUCUAUGAAUUCGAUAAGUUUUGGUUUGAAGAAAAGCCAGAAAGCAUUAUGUAUUUCAACCUUUACAGAGAAAAGUUUCAUGAAAAGAUUAAAGGACUUCUACUGGAUUAUAAUGUGGCACUUACUUUAAAAAUAUAA